UGUACAGCUUCCUGCUUCCCCCCUGAGCCGCCUCCCACCUACUUCCUUCCGACGAGUGGAGCAUGGAGGAGCAGGGAACCGAUCUGAUCUUCAGGACAGGUAAUAUCCAAGUAAGACUCUGCUCUGCAGGAAAGCAUAAUGAUGGAGCUAGAAGAUGAAGAGGCCCCUGUGCCUCCAUUUUGGGAAGAUGUAAGGGUGCAGUUUAUGGGGGACCGGAUCCAGCAAAUGAUGAAGAUAAAGACUGACAAAUGGAUAAAGUUUGUGGAAGAUGAGACAAAUGAAAAGAUAAUAAGGGACUUCUUUGAACUAGGAGACCAUGUCACGUUGGUAUUUUCUAUUGGACCAAAUGGAAUUCUAACUGCAUCCAAAGAGAUCACCAUGAACACUAAAAGUAAAACAGUUUAUAUUCGGAAAAAGAAACCAGCAAACAUUGGAAUGGAAAAUUACAAGACAGAUCUUAUGUUUGGGGAAUUGGCCUGUGCAUCCAUCAACCAGACUUCUGCACUAGUAGAAGAGGUCUUAGUGCCCAUCCUUUCUAAUAAGAAAAAUCAUCUGUCCUGGCCACAGUUCACCUCACUGGAUAUGGACCAACACGUGGAAUAUAUGAAAAACAAGAUGCAUGUCAUUCAAGGACUUAUCUCUGGAAAAACUCACCUGCCUAUUCCUACUGUGGCAACAAUUACAGAACAAAAUCUGAAUGUUACAAGCAACAAAGAAAACCAUGUCCAGAGGGCAGCCCUACAUGCAUUUGAAUCUAUUUUGAUUAAAUGGUCAUAUCAAAUAGUGGAAGUACUUGAAAGGGAUUCUUCACAGCCCCUUCUUCAGGGUCUUGAUCCAGGGCCACACGCAGAGCUCAAAUUCUGGAAAGAAAGGCGAGACAAUCUUACAUGCAUAUAUGAACAGCUCCAAGCACCUGCUGUUCAGAAAAUGGCAUCUAUCCUGCAAGACACAGAAAGCGCUUACUACCCAACAUUCACAAACAUUGUUUGCGAGGUGAAAAAAGCUCUGAUUGAAGCUGAAGAUAUUGACCUACACCUAAGUACACUAAGAAACCAUAUAAAGUUACUAGAAGAGACUGACUUUCCCCAGAUCUAUAUUUUAUUACCUCCUUUGCUUCACACCAUCUGUUUGAUCUGGGCCCACUCCAAAUGUUACAAUAUCCCAGCACGGGUUAUUGUACUUCUGCAGGAGUUCUGCAAUCUGCUUAUAGAACAGGCAAAAACCUAUCUUUCACCUGAAGACCUUUUUAAAGCAGAACCAGAAGAAUCUCUAGAACACGUACAAGCUGCACUGAAAGUCCUUCAGAGCUUCAAGCAUGCAUUCUUUACACAUAGAGCCAGUCUACAGACAUAUUACACUGACAGGACUCAGUUUAAAGCUUGGGACUUUAGAUCUGAAAUGGUAUUUGCGAAAUUUGACAGAUUCCUUGAGAGAUUAUUGAAGAUUGAGGAUAUUUUUGUAAUAAUGCUUGAAUUUCAAAAACUAGAAAAACUGGAAUUUGGUGGAAAAAAGGGGAAAGCCUUAAAUGAGAAGAUAUUUAAUCUAAAUGAAGAAUUCCAGGAUAACAGCAAAGUCUUUAAAGAGAGCACACUUGAUCCAACGGAUCGUAACAACAAGGAGUUUGAACAAGAGUACAGUGAUUUUAAAGCCAAAGUACUAGACUGUGACACACGGAUUGCAUCCCUACUCUCUGAGGCAUUUAAUGAUAGUUCUGGGUUGGAAUCUGCAUUCAAGCUGCUGGCAAUCUGUGGUCUUUUUUUGGAAAGAAGUGUGAUUUUAGACAUAUUUAGCCCAAACUAUUUCACUCUACUCCAAAUGUAUGAUAAGGAGCUGGACAGGUGCAAAUUACUGUAUGAUGCACACGUGAAACAGCUGGAAAAUUAUGCUGUACAUAGAAAUAUGCCUGCAGUCGCUGGCACCUUGAAAUUCACUAGGGAAAUCAAAGACCGGAUACAGAUAUCAUGGUCAAAUUUCCGCUUCAUUCAUCAUCUGAGCAUGGAAAGUCCUGAAGCCUCUUCAGUUUAUCAGAAAUAUAUGGAGAUGAUGACUUUAUUAGACCAGUAUGAAGACUCUGUCUAUGAGAAAUGGACAUCUAAAGUGGACGAAGAAUGUGAGUUUAAUCUGGAUAGACCGCUCCUUGUACGGAACAAUGAUGAUGGAUUACUUAGUGUGAAUUUUGAUCCAAAGCUCAUUGCUGUGUUGCGAGAGGUGAGAUAUCUGCAGAAACAAAGUCAAGCAGACAUUCCCAAGGAGGCCUUAGCGAUAUUUGACAAGAGGGAGAUGUUGCAUAAGUAUAUAGCAAGUCUAGACCAACUUGUCUUCUGGUACAACAAAUUAAAACGAACUGUUCUAGAAGUAGAAUACCCCCUCAUUAAAGAUGACCUGAAGAACAUUGAUGAACAGCUCAGAGAGUCAGAGGAACGCUACACUUGGAAGGAUGACAACUGCUGGGACUAUAUUGUUAAAGUGAAAUCAGUAGUGCAGGACCUUGAAAAAAGAGUUCAAACAUCAAAGGACAACAUUAUAACAAUGCAGCAAAUCAUGAAAGUCUGGGCAGAGCAGUGGCUGUUCUCAAGAAAGGAUAAUAGAAAGGAAACACUGAUCAAUCUGGAUGACAAAAAUGAAAUUGUUAAUAAAAAAUAUCAAACUAUUCAAGAAGACAGUGUUAAAAUUCAAAGUCUCGCUAUGGAGAACAUGGAACUUCUCAAAGCCACCCCUGGUUUAGACUCCUGGAAAAUGUAUGUGGAGUAUAUUGAUACGAUUGUAACUGAUGGCUUAUACAACACAAUUUUGCAUUCUUUGACUUUCUUUAUGGAGAAUACUGAUGUAAGGUUAAAGCCGGCUCCGUUGUUUGAGGCGCAAAUGAUUCUUGCUUCUACUGAAAUCAUAUUCAAGCCCUCAUUACAGAAGGAGGAUGGGGAUGGCUUGUAUGACCUUGUGGAAGAAAUGCUGAGUGACAUUUUUAAAAUGUCAGGUCAAGUCAAAAGAAUUGCAAAGCAUUUAGAGACUGACAAUUACCAGAAUGACAUGGAUGAUAUGACUGACCUUGCUGCAAUUAGACAGGAAAUUAUGGAACGUGUAACAGGUGUCAUUAUAAAGGUUACGGAUUACAGGAGCACGUAUGACUCAUAUUCUUACUUGUGGACAGACGACCGCCAGGAGUUUAUGCGUCAGUUUUUGUUAUAUGGCCAUGUGUUAACCUCUGAUGAAAUUGAGGCGCAUGCUGAUGAUGGCGUUCCAGAGACUCCUCCCACAAUUGAUCAGUUUAAAGAGCAAAUUGACAUCUUUGAAAAUCUUUAUGUUCUGAUGAGCUCUUCAGAUGAUACCAAGGUCUUUGAAAGGUGGUUUAGAGUGGAUAUAAAACCUUUCAAAACAAGUUUGCUUGUCAUCAUAAAGAAGUGGAGCUGGAUGUUUAAAGAACACCUUGUUAGAUUUGUCAUUGACAGCUUGGCUGAAUUGGAAGAGUUUAUUAAAGAAGCCAAUGCAAUACUUCUGAAGAAAGUGCCUGAAGGGGAUUACAGUGCUCUUGUAGCAGUUAUGGAGCUUCUUCUUGCAGUGAGAGACAGACAGAUGGCUACUGAUGAACUCUUCGAGCCUCUGAAGCAGACUAUUUCAUUAUUAGAAAGCUAUGGGCAAAAACUGCCUGACCAGAUUUAUGUCCAGUUGGAGGAACUGCCAGAAAAAUGGAAUCAUACCAAAAAACUGGCAGUUUCGGUUAAGCAUGAUGUCGCUCCUCUUCAAAUUUCAGAGGUUACCCUGAUCAGGAAAAGAUGCACAGCAUUUGAUAUGAAACAGAUACAUUUUAGGGAGAGGUUUAGCUUGGAUGCUCCUUUCUCGUUUAAUGCUCAAAAUCCAUAUUCCCUUCUAGACAAGGCAAACAGAGCUCUGCAAGCGAUGGAGGAAGAAAAGCUACACCUGCAGCAGUCUGCAGACUUGUUUGAUGUGGCGGUCCCCGAUUACAAGCAAUUAAAAAAAAGCAGUAAAGAAAUUAAGUUGUUGAAGGAGUUAUGGGAUCUAAUACAUACUGUCAGAAGCAGCAUUGUUGACUGGGUUAAAACGCCAUGGAGGCAGAUUAAUGUGGAACAGAUGGAUAUGGAGCUAAGAAGGUUUGCAAAGGCAAGUUCAACAGCUGACCUUUUGUCAUUAGACAAACAUACCCGAUCCUGGGAUGCUUAUUCUGGCUUGGAUUUAUCAAUAAAAAACUUGAUCACAUCUCUAAGGGCUAUAACAGACCUGCAGAAUCCAGCAAUUAGGGACAGGCACUGGCACCAACUAAUGAAUGCUACAAAGGUGCAGUUUACAAUGACUGAACAAACCACAUUAUCAGAUUUACUUGCACUGCAGCUGCACAAGGUGGAAGAUGAAGUUCGUAAUAUUGUGGAUAAGGCAGUAAAAGAGAUGGGCACAGAGAAAAUUCUUAUAGAGAUCAGUCAGACUUGGACAUCCAUGGAGUUUUCAUAUGAACAUCAUCAUCGCACAGGAACUCCUCUUAUACAGACCGAUGAACUUCUCUUUGAGACUUUGGAUAACAAUCAGGUGCAGUUACAAGUAAUUAUGCAGAGCAAGUAUGUUGAAUAUUUUAUUGAGCAAGUGACAAGCUGGCAAAAGCGCCUGAACCUGGCAGAUUCUGUGAUUUAUAUUUGGAUGGAAGUGCAGCGCACUUGGUCCCAUCUCGAAAGCAUUUUCAUUGGAUCAGCGGAUAUUAGAAACCAGCUUCCUGGUGAUGCAAAACGAUUUAAAGGGGUAGAUGCUGACUUUAAGGACUUGAUGUUUGAAACCGAGAAAAUAAGGAAUGUUUUAGAUGCUACAAACAGACCUGAUCUCUAUAAAACGCUUGAAGAUUUGCAACUCAGGCUUUCGCUUUGUGAAAAAGCAUUGUCUGAGUAUCUGGAAACAAAGCGUCUAGCCUUUCCUCGCUUCUACUUUGUCUCGGCUGCAGAUCUGCUAGAUAUUCUUUCAAAAGGCACUCAGCCUAAACAGGUGACACGUCACUUAGCCAAACUUUUUGACAAUAUUGCUGAUCUUCAGUUUCAAGACAGUGGAGAAAAUGAGGCUCAGGGGAUGUACAGCAAAGAAAAUGAGUUUGUUCCAUUCAGCGUUAAUUGCAAGUGUAUUGGGCAGGUGGAGCACUGGCUGAAGAAAGUUGAAGAAACAAUGUGUGAAACCAUAUGCUGUCAUAUCACAGAAUCUGUGGCUGCAUAUGAAGACAAGCCCAGAGAUCAGUGGCUUUUUGACUACCCAGCUCAAGUGGCACUGACCAGUUCUCAGAUCUGGUGGACCAUUGAUGUUGGAAUUGCUUUUGAAAGGUUAGAAGAGGGGUUUGAAACCGCACUUAAAGAUUACAUCAAGAAGCAGAUCGCUCAGCUGAACGCACUUAUUAACAUGUUACUGGGAGAGCUCUCAGCAGGAGACAGACAGAAAAUCAUGACAAUGUGUACAAUUGACGUUCAUGCAAGAGACGUGGUUGCUAAGCUUAUAGCGCACAAGGUCACAAAUGCCCAAGAUUUUGCCUGGUUGUCUCAGCUUCGCCACCGCUGGGAUGAGAAACAGAAACACUGCUUUGUGAACAUUUGUGAUGCUCAGUUCCAGUAUUCCUAUGAGUAUCUGGGCAAUACUCCCCGCCUAGUCAUCACCCCCCUGACUGAUCGGUGUUACAUUACUCUGACCCAGUCCCUUCACUUAACCAUGAGUGGGGCCCCAGCAGGCCCAGCUGGAACAGGCAAAACAGAAACCACUAAGGAUUUAGGGCGUGCACUUGGGGUGAUGGUUUAUGUUUUUAACUGCUCUGAACAGAUGGAUUAUAAAUCGGUAGGCAAUAUCUAUAAGGGCUUGGCACAGACAGGAGCCUGGGGAUGCUUUGAUGAGUUUAACAGGAUCUCGGUGGAAGUUCUGUCGGUUGUGGCUGUGCAAGUCAAAAGCAUUCAAGAUGCCAUUCGGAACAAGAGAGAACGAUUCCUAUUCCUGGGAGAAAACAUCACACUCAAGCAUUCAGUUGGAAUAUUUAUCACAAUGAACCCUGGGUAUGCCGGACGCACAGAACUACCUGAGAAUCUCAAGGCUCUUUUUAGACCGUGUGCGAUGGUUGUUCCAGACAUUGAGUUGAUUUGUGAGAUAAUGCUUGUGGCUGAAGGGUUCAUUGAUGCUCGGCCCUUAGCCAGGAAAUUUAUUACCCUGUACACAUUAUGCAAGGAGCUGCUUUCCAAACAGGAUCAUUAUGACUGGGGACUGAGAGCAGUAAAAUCUGUACUGGUCGUGGCAGGCUCUUUAAAACGAGGGGACAGCAGCAGGCCCGAAGAUCAGGUGCUCAUGCGAGCUUUAAGAGACUUCAAUUUACCGAAGAUAGUGACUGAUGAUGUUCCAAUUUUCAUGGGUUUGAUCAGUGACCUGUUUCCAGCUUUGGAUGUGCCCAGGAAGAGAGACUUUAGCUUCGAGCAGAUGGUUAAACAGUCUACCCUGGAGCUUCACUUGCAGCCUGAGGAGAGCUUUAUUCUCAAAGUUGUCCAGCUGGAAGAGCUGCUUGCAGUUCGCCAUUCUGUCUUUGUGGUUGGAAAUGCUGGAACUGGGAAAAGCAAGGUGUUGAGGACUCUGAACAAGACCUACUUAAACAGAAAGCAAAAGCCGGUGUGGAAUGAUCUGAACCCCAAAGCUGUUAGUACUGAUGAACUCUUUGGGUUCAUUCACCCAGCUACAAGAGAAUGGAAAGACGGACUUUUAUCAUCACUAAUGCGGGAGCAGGCAAAUCUAACUCAUGAGGGUCCAAAAUGGAUUGUUCUUGAUGGGGACAUAGAUCCCAUGUGGAUUGAAUCACUUAAUACUGUCAUGGAUGAUAAUAAGGUAAUGACCCUUGCCAGUAAUGAAAGGAUCCCUCUUACACCUACUAUGCGCCUGCUCUUUGAGAUUCACCAUUUAAGGACAGCCACUCCUGCAACUGUUUCAAGAGCAGGAAUUCUCUAUAUGAAUCCCCAGGAUCUUGGCUGGAACCCAUAUGUGACAAGCUGGAUAGAAACAAGAAGUAACCAAACUGAAAAGGCUAAUUUGACAAUUCUUUUUGACAAAUAUGUGCCUCCAUGCUUGGAUCAGUUUAGAACUGGUUUUCUUAAAACCGUCACCCCUAUAUUAGAGAAUAGCAUGGUACAGACUCUUUGCUCUUUGCUGGACUGCCUCCUUAACACUGACAAUGUGCCGCCAGAUUCAGCCAGAGAACUGUAUGAGUUGUACUUUGUGUUUGCAUGUAUCUGGGCAUUUGGAGGAGCACUACAGAGAGACCAGCUCACAGAUUAUAGAGUUGAAUUCAGUCGAUGGUGGACAAAGGAAAUGAAAAGUGUAAAGUUUCCUGCACAAGGAACCAUCUUUGAUUAUUUCCUGGACAGCAAAGCCAGAAGGUUCAUAUCGUGGGCUGAAAGAGUACCAAGUUUUGAAAUGGAUAUUGAUUCCACAAUGCAGGCUGUGUUUGUUCAUACAGCUGAGACCACGUGCCUUGGGUAUUUUACUGACCUACUGAUACAAAAGUCCAAGCCAGUUAUGCUGGUGGGCAAUGCUGGAGUAGGGAAGACUGUAUUUCUCAGUGACAGACUGGCCUCGCUUCCUGAUCACUAUAUGAUUGCAAAAGUACCUUUUAACUAUUAUACUACAUCAUCUGCUCUGCAGAGGGUUCUUGAGAAGCCUUUGGAGAAGAAAGCAGGACGGAACUAUGGCCCCAUAGGAAACAAAAAACUUGUCUAUUUCAUAGAUGAUAUGAAUAUGCCAGAGGUAGAUAAGUUUGGAACAGUCCAGCCUCAUACCCUGAUUCGACAACAUAUUGAUUAUGGACACUGGUAUGAAAGGCAAAAGAUGUCUUUAAAGGAAAUUCACAAUUGCCAAUAUGUUGCUUGUAUGAAUCCAACUGCUGGAAGCUUUACCAUUAACCAACGCCUGCAAAGGCAUUUUACAGUAUUUGCUGUUAAUUUCCCUUCAAAUGAUGCAGUGGAAGCGAUUUUUAGCAAGAUCCUUAGUUUUCAUUUUAAACAGCAUGCAUUUAGUCCUUCUGUACUCAAGGCUGGCACUUCAAUUAUCCAGGCUACUAUAUGGCUCAGCCAUAAGAUGGUACAGAAUUUCCUUCCUACAGCAAUUAAAUUCCAUUACAUAUUCAACAUAAGAGAAAUCACCAACAUAUUUCAGGGAAUUCUGUUUGCUACAUCCGAAUGUCUGAAACAACCGAGUGACCUUAUCCGCUUGUGGUUUCACGAGUCUUCACGUGUCUAUGGAGACAAAAUGGUGGAAAGCAAAGAUUCCAAUUUGUUUAAAAGAAUCCUUCAAGACACAGUUCAAAGAUACUUUGAAGGUGUUGAGCACCAAGUUUUUUCACAGCAGCCUUUGAUAUUUUGUCACUUUGCCAAUGGUCUUGAUACCCAGUCUUACAUGCCAGUAAAAGGAUGGGAAGUGCUCAGAAAGACACUGGCAGAGGCUCUGAACAGUUACAACGAGCUCAGUGCAGCAAUGAAUCUGGUUCUGUUUGAAGAUGCAAUGCAGCAUGUAUGUCGCAUUAGCCGGAUUUUGGAGAUGCCUCGUGGUUAUGCCCUUUUAAUUGGAGUUGGAGGCAGUGGCAAACAAAGUCUGUCGAAGCUAGCAGCAUAUAUUGGUUCCCUUGAAGUAUUUCAAAUCACCCUUAAAAAUGGCUAUUCAGUUCAAGAUUUGAAGGUGGACCUUGCCAAUUUGUACAUCAGGACUGGGGCCAAGAACAUGCCCACAGUGUUUCUGCUGACAGAUGCCCAGGUUCCAGACGAACGCUUUCUUGUUCUGAUUAAUGACUUGCUGGCGUCAGGGGAAAUCCCUGAUCUCUUCACAGAGGAGGAAACUGACAGCAUUGUAUCUGGGAUCCGAAGUGAAGUCCGUGGUCUUGGAUUAAAUGACUCCAAAGAGAAUUGCUGGAAUUUCUUUCUGGAAAGAGUUCGGCAUCAGCUCAAAGUUGUUUUGUGCUUUUCUCCAGUUGGUUGCACUCUGCGUGUCCGAGCUAGGAAGUUCCCAGCCAUAGUUAACUGCACAUCUAUUGACUGGUUCCACGAGUGGCCACAGGAGGCCUUGCAGUCUGUCAGCAGAAGGUUCAUCCAAGACAUAGAGGGGAUUGAACCAGGAGUCAAGGAUUCCAUAAGUCAGUUUAUGGCCUACGUGCACACCAGUGUCAAUGACAUGAGUAUAAAAUAUCUUCAGUAUGAAAAGCGCUACAACUACACCACUCCCAAAAGCUUCCUGGAACAAAUUACAUUAUACAAAAAUCUGCUGGAGAAAAAAAGGAGAGAGCUCUCUCAAAGGAUGGAACAUCUAAUGAAUGGAUUGCAAAAACUGACAACAACAGCUUCUCAGGUUGAAGAUCUAAAAGUCAAGCUUGCAUCUCAAGAAGCAGAAUUGCAGCAACGAAAUCAAGACGCUGAGGCCCUCAUUACUAAAAUAGGACGUCAAACUGAGAAAGUGAGCCAAGAAAAGGCUACUGCAGAUGCAGAGGAGCAAAAGGUUGCAUCCAUUCAAGAAGAAGUAUCUGUGAAGCAAAAGGACUGUGAAGAGGAUCUGAGCAAAGCAGAACCAGCACUGAUUGCAGCCACAGCGGCACUCGAUACCCUCAACAAGACCAACCUUACCGAGCUCAAAACAUUUCCAAACCCACCGAUUGCAGUCACUAAUGUCACAGCAGCCGUGAUGGUACUUCUGGCGCCCAAAGGCAGAGUGCCUAAGGAUAGGAGCUGGAAAGCUGCAAAGGUUUUCAUGGGAAAGGUUGAUGACUUUUUGCAAGCCUUAAUAAAGUAUGACAAGGAACAUAUCCACGAGAACUGCCUGAAGGUCGCAAAGGAGCAGUACCUUAAUGAUCCUGGAUUCAGCCCUGACUUGGUUCGCACAAAGUCUUUUGCAGCCGCAGGGCUCUGUGCUUGGGUUAUCAACAUUGUGAAAUACUAUGAGGUAUACUGUGAUGUAGAACCUAAACGAAAAGCUCUUGGACAAGCAAAUGAAGAUCUUAAAGGAGCAACAGAAAAGCUUACAGCAAUAAGGAAGAAGCUUCAUGACUUGGAUAACAAUUUGAAAAAACUUACACAUUCAUUUGAAAAAGCCACAGCUGAGAAGGUCCGCUGUCAAGAAGAAGUGAAUCGAACAAAUACAACCAUUGAAAUGGCUAACAGACUGGUGAAAGGACUUGAAUCAGAAAAUAUACGCUGGAGUGAAUCCAUCAAAAGCUUUAAAGCCCAAGAAAAGACAUUGUGUGGCGAUGUGCUCCUGACAGCUGCCUUUGUAUCUUAUGUUGGCUCCUUUUCUAAACGUUAUCGCCAGGAACUGAUGGAAAAUAUUUGGAUCCCUUUCCUUACAUCUCAGAAGGUUGUUAUUCCCGUAUCAGAAGGUUUGGACCCAAUUGCCAUGCUGACUGAUGAUGCUACUGUGGCAGGGUGGAAUAAUGAAGGUCUGCCCAGCGACCGAAUGUCAACAGAAAAUGCCACUAUUUUAAUAAACGCAGAACGAUGGCCUCUUAUGAUAGAUCCCCAGCAACAGGGCAUAAAAUGGAUCAAGAAUAAAUACGGAACUGUUUUAAAAGUUAUCAAUUUAGGACAGAAAGGCUAUUUACAAACCAUUGAAACAGCACUGGCCUCUGGCGAUACAGUAUUAAUCGAAAAUCUAGCCGAAAAUGUUGACCCAGUUCUUGACCCCCUGCUUGGAAGGAACACUAUUAAAAGGGGAAGGUACAUCAAGAUUGGGGACAAAGAGUGUGAAUACAACCAGCACUUCCGGCUUAUCCUCCAUACAAAGCUUGCAAAUCCUCACUACAAGCCAGAGUUACAGGCUCAGACAACACUUAUUAAUUUCACUGUCACUACUGAUGGACUUGAAGACCAGCUAUUGGCUGAUGUUGUUAGCAUUGAGAGGCCAGAUCUGGAAGAACUUAAGUCAAUGCUGACCAAGCAGCAGAAUGACUUUAAGAUAGAACUCAAACGUCUAGAAGAUGAGCUCUUGAUCCGACUUUCUGCUGCCGAGGGCAGUUUCUUGGGAGAUAUGGAACUGGUAGAGAAGUUGGAGUCUACUAAGGUCACAGCUGCUGAGAUAGAACAUAAGGUGGUUGAAGCAAAAGAAAAUGAAAUCAAAAUUAAUGAGGCCAGAGAGCAUUACCGAGCUGCAGCUGCACGAGCCUCUCUCCUUUAUUUCAUCAUGAGUGAUCUCAGUAAAAUUAAUCCAAUUUAUCAGUUCUCACUAAAGGCUUUCAAUGUAGUUUUUCAUAAAGCCAUAGGCCGUGCAGAGCAGUCAGAAGAUGUCACUGAGAGAGUGGCCAAACUGACAGAAUGUAUCACGUAUUCGGCUUUCCUAUACACAAGCCAGGGACUCUUUGAAAAGGACAAGCUUACAUUUCUCUCCCAAACAGCAUUUCAGAUACUUUUGAAACAAAAGGAAAUUGACUCAUUAGAACUGGAUGUGCUCUUACGAUUUCCCAUAGAGAAUUCAUACAAAAGCCCUGUUGACUUUUUGAGUGUCCAAUCCUGGAGUGCUAUUAAGAUGAUUUCAUUGCUGGACGAAUUCAAGGGAUUAGACCGAGAUAUUGAAGGAUCAGCUAAACGGUGGAAAAAGUUUGUUGAGUCGGAAAACCCAGAGAACGAGAGAUUGCCGCAGGAUUGGAAAAACAAAACAUCUCUACAAAAGCUAAUCCUGUUGAGAGCACUGCGUCCAGACCGAAUGACCUAUGCCAUCAGAAACUUUAUUGAAGAAAAACUUGGAUCUAAAUAUGUGGAGGAGGCUCGGCCAGAUUUUGCCAAAUCAUAUGAGGAAACCAGUCCGGCUACACCAGUUUUUUUCAUCCUGUCUCCAGGAGUGAACCCUCUGAAAGAUGUAGAAGCACUAGGUAAGAAACUUGGCUUUACCAUUGAUUCCGGAAAAUUUCAUAAUAUUUCACUUGGCCAAGGACAAGAAAAGGUAGCAGAGGAGGCAAUGGAAAAAGCUGCCCAGCAAGGCCAUUGGGUUAUUCUUCAGAAUGUUCAUCUAGUGGCAAAAUGGUUGGGCACCUUAGAGAAGCUCCUUGCCCAGUACAGUACCGGGAGCCACGAGGACUAUCGGAUCUUCAUCAGCGCAGAGCCUGCUCCCUCCCCAGAAGAGCACAUUAUUCCUCAGGGAAUUCUAGAGAACUCCAUCAAAAUUACUAAUGAACCUCCCACGGGUAUGCUGGCCAAUCUGCACGCUGCUCUGGACAAUUUUGAUCAGGAUACUCUUGAAAUGUGCGCCAGGGAACAGGAGUUCAAAUGCAUCCUCUUCUCCUUGUGCUACUUCCAUGCUUGCGUUGCUGGCAGACUCAAAUUUGGGCCCCAGGGCUGGAACCGAAGAUACCCUUUCAAUUCUGGCGAUCUCACCAUAUGCGUCAAUGUUCUCUAUAACUAUUUGGAGGCAAACAACAAGGUUCCUUGGGAAGACUUGCGUUACCUCUUUGGAGAGAUUAUGUACGGAGGACACAUAACAGAUGACUGGGACAGGAAGCUGUGUCGCACCUAUUUAGAAGAAUUUAUGAACCCAGCAGUGCUUGAAGGGGAAAAGCCAUUGGCCCCAGGCUUUGCAGCACCACCCAAUCAGGAUUACAGCGGGUACCACGAAUACAUUGACGAAAUUCUUCCAGCGGAAAAUCCUGUGUUGUAUGGACUGCAUCUGAAUGCAGAGAUAGACUUCUUAACAGUCACAUCUGAUAAUCUCUUCAAGACUAUUCUAGAAAUGCAACCUAAAAAUACACUUCAUGGAGAGGGAUCUGGGAUGUCAGUAGAGGAAAAGGUGAAAAAUAUCCUUGAUGAGAUUUUGGAAAAACUCCCAGAAGAAUUUAAUAUGUUGGAGUUAAUGCACAAGACAACAGAGAGAAGUCCCUAUAUCCUUGUUUGCUUCCAAGAAUGUGAGAGGAUGAAUAUUCUCACGCAAGAGAUCCGCCGCUCCCUGAAAGAACUGAAUCUGGGUUUGAAGGGGGAGCUCACAAUUUCCUCUGAUAUGGAAGCCCUGCAGUCCUCCCUGUUCUAUGACAGUGUUCCAGAUACAUGGGCAAAACUGGCAUAUCCAUCAUCAUUUAGUUUAGGACAAUGGAUUAAUGAUCUCCUGCUACGAUGUCGGGAACUUGAUACAUGGACACAAGAUUUAGUAUUACCUGCUGUUGUGUGGCUCUCUGGGCUCUUUAAUCCCCAAUCCUUCUUAACAGCAAUCAUGCAGAGUAUGGCACGGAAGAAUGAAUGGCCACUGGAUAAGAUGUGCUUAACAGUUGAUGUAACAAAGAAGACAAAGGAGGACUAUGGGCACCCUCCCCGUGAGGGAGCUUACAUCUGCGGGCUUUUCAUGGAAGGCGCAAGAUGGGAUAUUCAAACCAAUGUGAUAGCUGAAGCACGCCUGAAAGAUCUCACACCGCUCAUGCCCGUUAUCUACGUAAGAGCUAUUCCAGUCGAUAAAAAGGAACUGAGAAACACGUAUGAUUGUCCUUUAUAUAGAACUAAAACAAGAGGCCCGACUUAUGUUUGGACUUUUAAUCUUAAAACCAAGGAGCCACCGGCCAAAUGGGUUCUAGCAGGUGUAGCCUUACUUCUGUCUGUUUGAUUCCCUCCCAUAGAAUACAAAUUAUCUACCUCAGGAUCAAUGUAUAACACGGAUGUUGUUGUUGUUGCGUUGUUAAGAAGUAUUUGAACUGAACCAAACACUGUUUGCCAAGCCAACUCAACAAGAUGUUUAUUGCUUAUUAAAUAGGAAGGCAUUCAGGAGUAAUGAAAUGAUUUUUAUUGCACAUGCAAACUUACAUGGUCAGCAAAGUGCACUGACCAAUCAGCAUUCUGAUUUGAACAGUCAACUAUAUGUUUUAGGUUGCUAUUGACAAUAUGGCUAUAUGUUCAAAUCAGCCCCAUGUAAAUAUUACUCAGUGGGUUCACGUGUAUUGCAGAAAAGCUUACUUUGAGCAAAGUUACUUUGUGACCCCUUUAGGCUAAAGGACCCACGGAGUGGUUCAGUCACCAGAGAUAGAUAUCUGCUAUCAGGGGCAACUAACCACUCUGAAAUGGCUCCAAAGUCGGAGGCAAUUUCAUGUGCCUUUGAAAAGCUGAAGUGUUGCAAAGAGCUUUCCAUCGGUGACUCCUAUUGUUGCUGGUGGAAAGCCAUUUUUGGAGCCGCCUGUGAUAACCGAGCUAUAUCGAAGCAACUAAACCGAUCCGUGGAUCCUUAACCCUAUACAAGAGAGAUAAUGACAGAACUACAGUAAUGUUAAACCUAGGUUUUAUAUUUACUGUAUUAUAAAUACUAAUGAUACAAAUUUGCAUUGUUUAUUCUGCCAAGGUGACACAUUUCUUUUGCUUUUUGUUUAACACUGAUGAUCAUAUAAAGGUGGUGUGUCCAAAAA